CACCACAGUGUGACAGCAGAGCUUUGUGCUCGGAGACUCUGGGGAACCAAAAAGGCUCUAACAGCUCAAUUAUAGCUGAGCUCUUCUCGCUGCCGUCUGUGACAAAAAUGCUCUGCUUUAUAUCAUGUGCAGCUCCUUCUUCAACUCUCAUCCCCGAGGAAUCAGAGCUUUUCAGAGCAUCUUCUCCUGUCAUCUUGGCAUCAUAGAAUCCACUUUUCUAGACAUCUGAGCUCAUGCAAUUUUCUGAGAGCUGCACAGAAGUUUAGAUCUGAGGAAAAACCAAGGUGCUGAUGAAAUGUCACUGCGAGUCAAUGGGAACCAGUCUACUUUAUUAAUGUCAGCUCUGCUCUUCAACGGCUCCAUCCAUCCUCAUCCUCUAACAUGGGAGAAGGACGCUUCCAUUUCUGAGACUGCACAAGAAUGGCCGGUAAACAAGACCCAGCUCGGCUCGGACCUGCCUCUACUUGGCCAUGAGGAACAGUGCCACAUGUCACCUGUCCUCACUGCAUGUUUGGUUUCAUUGUACAGUGCUACAAUGGUGCUGGGGCUGGUGGGAAAUAUCGGUCUCAUUUGCAUCAUCACUCACCGCAGAGAAAAAGUCAAUGUCACCAGCAUUUUCAUCUGCAAUCUGUCAUUCUCUGACAUUCUGGUGUGUGUGUUCUGCCUUCCAUUCACUGUCAUUUACACACUUAUGGACCACUGGGUGUUUGGAUCGUUGUUGUGCCGACUGGUGCCAUUUAUCCAGUGUGUGUCUGUGACGGUAUCAGUUCUGUCCUUAGUUUUUAUUGCUUUAGAAAGGCAUCAGCUCAUUAUUAACCCCUCUGGAUGGAAACCAAGCCUUUUUCAGGCCUACAUGGCAGUAAUAAUCAUUUGGAUUUUGGCUUGCUUUACCUCCACACCCUUCUUAGUAUUUCAGCUGCUCACAAAUGAGCCUUACACCAAUGUAAUUCUGCCAACCCAUCAUCAAUUUUCUCAGACAUAUGUCAACAUUUCCCACCCUGUCUCUUACAAAAACGCCUCUGUGCCUCUUCAUUUGUAUCGCUCACUUUUUGCUUUUGUCCCAACCUCCCCACACAUGGAGGCUUGUGUGGAGCACUGGCCAUCCCAGGAGCAAAGGGUGGCAUACACCACUUGGCUUCUGCUGUUUCAGUACUGUGGUCCACUUUUGCUGGUCCUGCUCUGCUACGUUCGAGUUUUUGUACGCCUUCGCCACCGCAAGGAAAUGCUGGACCGAGCCAGGACUCCAGAGAACCAGCGCAUCACCCACAGCCGCAGAAUCAACAUCAUGCUGGCUGCCCUCAUAACAGCCUUUGCACUCUGCUGGCUUCCACUCACCAUCUUUAAUGUGGUGGCAGACUGGAACCAGGAGGCUCUGCCUGUCUGUCACCACAACCUCCUGUUCUCCCUCUGCCAUCUGCUGGCCAUGUCCUCCACCUGCAUCAACCCCAUCAUCUACGGCUUCCUCAACUCCAACUUCAGACAAGAAGUGAGGGAAGUGCUUCUACACUGUUGCUGCUUUCACCAAGGAGGAGAGUGUGAGCAGUUCCCCAUGUCCACAGGGAACGUGGAAGUGUCCCACAUCUCGGUGCCUCUUCCGUGUAAGAACAACUCUGUCUGAUCUGAUCAAACAGCAUGCAACAGCUGAAAAACAGAUAAAAUGUACAGUUUCAGGGUUUGCUUUGCUCAUUUAGUCUGUGUAAUGUAUGUUUUGAGCUAACAACUGUAUUUAAUGUAUAUCUAAUGUAAAUUGCUUCACGCUGGCCCUCUUUUAAUGACACAACAUUGGCACAGUGACUUUUUUUUAUACUAAAUAAUGAUUGUUAAUGAAAAAAGGAGCAUUGAAACGUGUACACAUUAGUGUAUUGAUUGUGUUAAUUAGCUGUCAUUUGUUUUUAUUGGUUCUCUCUUAUAACUUUUGUGAAAACCUGCAGUAGAGCCUGUAAAAUCAGAGGUGAUUUUAAAAAAACAUAUAUAUUUUUAUUUAAAGUGACUACUUUUGUUUAGUUUCUUGCAAAAAAAAAUUAUGUAUACAUCUACAUUAAAAAUAAGAAAGCUUUUCUUGUGUUUAAUGGGAUUAAUAAAAAAAAAAAACACCUGGAGUACUACAGAAUUGGAAUAGUCAUUCAGGGAAUUCAGCUAUUUGUUAUUUAUAACAUGUGGAUUUUUAACUGUGCAGUUUGUUUUGAAAUUCACAUUCUUAAAUCAAAUGCAUCUAAUAUGUAACUCAAUCUAACUAAUAUUUCCCAUGUGUUUUGGCAUGUCUGCCUGUAAUGAUGUUUUGAUGAAGUAAAUAAUUUGUUUUGUCUAACUUGUUUUUUAUUAACUUUUGAAAUUUAAUCAGUUUUGAAAGCCUAAAAGAGCAAAAUUGCCCUGAACAAAAGCUAAACUGGUCUUACCACCUUAAGAUUUAAAAAUCUGUAACUUUGUGAAUAUGUUAAGACUAAUUUCGUUCUACAAUAUUUGUUACACUUUAAUUUAAUUAUUUAUUAAAUGCACUGACAAUUUAGGCCUACUUUAUCAAGCAUAAAUGCAAACAAAAGAGGAAAAAAGCAACUAUCCUACUCUUGAUUAUAUAGACUAAUUCUACUCUUCUCAUGAGUCACACACACACACACAAAGCACAGGCAUUCUAGUUUAUGCAUCCAGCUAACAUAAAACAACCUCAUUAACACGG